GGCGGCGUCCAGGCUGCCUGGGAGCGUCCCGACGCCGAGUGUCGGGACGUGCGACGGGCCGUGCCGCGGACAGCACCCGGGGAGUUGAGUCGGCCGUGCCGGGCUGCGGUGAUCUCGUCGCGGCGCCACCCUCCGAGCCGGGGCCGGCCCCCCGCAGCGCCUCUUCCUUCCCGGCGCGCGGGAACCUUUGGAGCGGGGGUCGGGCGCCGCCAGCGGGGGCCGGCUUGCCCUGAAGAGGGAAAGGAGAAGGCUGUUCGAGAGCCCUGGUCUGGGAGUCGGGAGACCCGGGUUCCAUUUGUAUGUACUUGAGGGAGGAAGCGAACUUCUGGGUGCGUCGCUUUUCUGGUUUCCAGAAGCGAAUGCUAUUCCUUGCUUUUCCAGUUGGCAGAGUUGCGUGGGUUGAAUGAGUAUAGAUUUCUGCCCUCCCUCAAGAGAAGGUUCCAGGAGACAAACCAGUGUCACUUGUGUUCCUAACAGCUUAUCUCUGGGUUAUUGUGAUCUGUAUAUAUUAUUGAGAAGAGGAUAAAAUCAAGAUUUUACAAUGCAGGUCCCUUGUUCUGCACAGAGGACAUCUUCCUUCAUGAUUUUUUUUUUCAGGCAAGAAGACCAAGCCUGAUGUAACAAACAGUGUUAAGUGACUUGUGGAAGAUGACGAGGAUGUCGAGGGUCAGGGAACCUGGUCAUCAGGGGUUUACAAUUGGAGAAGGUGACGAUACAUGCCGGACAAGGAAGAGGAGGGGCAUCCUGCAGGAAUGCCUGAGAGUACAGUACAUGCACACAUACACACAGAACAUUCCCAGGACAGUGUUACUGUAACCAUAGUCAUCUUUGAGAAAGUACCUUGUAAGUAUCACGAACUUGAGAGACAGUUUCCCGUAAACUGCACCUAUUGGACAGACGUUCCUUGAGUGCGUUACAAGCAGCACGAAUGCCCGCCAAAUUUCACUGCAAAUGAACCAUCAGAAACUUAACAUGCAGAAGAAGCCUUCAAGGUGUAGUGAAUGUGGGAAAUUCUUUACUCAGAGGUCGUCUCUUACUCAGCACCAGAGGAUUCACACGGGAGAGAAGCCCUAUGUAUGUAGUGAAUGUGGAACUUGUUUCCGUAAACAGUCAAAUCUUACUCAACAUUUGAGAAUUCACACAGGAGAGAAACCUUAUAAAUGUAAUGAAUGUGAGAAAGCCUUUCAAACAAAAGCAAUCCUUGUUCAGCAUCUGAGAAUUCAUACUGGAGAGAAACCCUAUAAAUGCACUGAAUGUGGCAAAGCUUUUUGUCAGAGCCCUUCCCUUAUCAAACAUCUGCGCGUUCAUACUGGAGAGAAACCUUAUAAAUGCACUGAAUGUGGCAAAGCCUUCAGUCAGAGCAUUUGCCUUACUCGUCAUCAGAGAAGUCACUCUGGAGUUAAACCUUAUAAGUGUAAUGAAUGUGGGAAAGCCUUUAAUCAGAGUGCAUGCCUCAUGCAGCAUCAGAGAAUUCAUUCAGGAGAGAAGCCCUACACAUGUACUGAAUGUGGCAAAGCCUUCACUCAGAACUCUUCCCUCGUUGAACAUGAGAGAACUCACACUGGAGAGAAACUUUAUAAGUGUAGUGAGUGUGAAAAAACUUUCCGCAAGCAAGCACACCUUAGUGAACAUUACAGAAUCCAUACUGGAGAAAAACCUUAUGAGUGUGUUGGAUGUGGGAAAUCCUUCAGGCACAGCUCAGCACUUGUUCGACACCAGAGGCUUCAUGCUGGAGAAUAAAACUUGGGAUAUAACCCAUGUGGAAAGAUUUGUAUGCAAAUGCCACCCCCCCCCCCAAAUUCUUAGAUAUUGAAGACUAAGUCUUCAGCUGGGAUGAAUGUUCUAUAUGUUGAGCAAGAGGCAGUGUGUCCUGAAAGUUAAGAAAAUAGAUCAGAAUUAGAUAGUCUUGAGUUUGACGCCUUCUCUGCCACAUAAUGGGUGUACGACCUGAUUCUGAGCCUGCUUUCCCCAUCCUCCUCAAAAGAAUAAUGACGAUAUUUACUAGGGUUAUCUUUAAAACUUUUUUUUUUUUAACGUUUAUUUAUUUUUGAGACAGAGACACAGCAUGAACGGGGGAGGCUCAGAGAGAGGGACACACAGAAUCCAAAGCAGGCUCCAGGCUCUGAGCUGUCAGCACACUUGGGGCUUGAACUCACAAACUGAGAACAUGACCUGAGCUGAAGUCAGAUGCUGAACCGACCGAGCCACCCAGGCACCCCUCGGUAUAUUUUUUAAGAGCAUUCUUGAUUUCGU